AUGUCAGCAGACCAGAGCGACACGCUAGCCCCAAUCAUCAAGCAAUGGGACAACCUCAGCGCCGAGGAGCUGGAGCAAGGCUGGAAGCUCAUGGUUCUUGACUAUGCCCAACCUGUCGGCUUUAUUCCUUGCAAUUUUGUUGAUCUGAAUCGGGAUCGAUGCAACUGGGAGGCUGUGUUCGAUUUGGAUGAAGGAAUCAAGACCAUGCGCUUGCAGGCAGAGCCUGGCCCUUGCGAGUUUGAAAGAGUAACUCAAGUCAACCAGAAACUUGAUUAUCUCUGUUUUCUGAUGAGAAACACAGAUGGAUUCAACGCUGGGUUGGCGAAGUGGCUCGAAAGCAAAGAAAGGGGAUUCAAGGCAGAUUAUCACCCCAUCAUGCUGCCUCCGUGUGGUCCACAAGGGUUGAAGGUUCCGUCCCCCAUUCGAGGAAUUCUCGGUGUACUCACCGCAGGCAUCCAUGUCAACGCUUACACGACGGACGAUGAAGGGGCCGUCACCGGCCUGUGGGUCUCUGAACGUCUCAAGAGGAAGACUUUUGGUGGAAAGUACGAUCAGAUCAUUGCAGGAGGGAUGAAUCCGGAGGAUUUCCAAUCCGUGUGGUUUACAUUCCGCCACGAGGCUGAAGAGGAAACCAAGUUCAUCUGCCAGAGCAACAGCAAGAUUGUCUGGCGUGGCGAGGGCAGCGCGGGAUAUCUCAUCCCUGUCGAGGAGCUGGGACCCGUCGACCUUACCAGCACAAUAUACUUCUGCACGAAGAAGAACGCUGAAGCGGGCGCUGCCGAGACUGGCCACAUUGAGCCGGGCAUUCGCUUCUGCUUCGACCUGAAGCUCGACAAUGACGUGACACCGGAGCCCAACGCAGAGGACAACUCCAGCAAGGGUAUAUGCUGGCUCAGUGUGCAGCAGAUCAAGGCUUCCCUUGCUGAGGGGCCGAGGCUUAAUGUCGAGACCUAA